CAGCAGCAGCAGCAGCGGCAGUAGCAGCGGCAACAACCGACGCAGUGGGCGGCAGCGGGGGCAUCGAUACGGGCAACGGCAUCGAGAUGCUGAAGGCAUUAUACGAUUUCCAGGCGGUUUAUCCGAAAACAAUCAGCUUCGAUGAGGGCGAAUAUUUUAUACUCUAUCAGACGUCCGCACGUCAGCGUAACUGGUGGCAGGUGGUCAGCAUGAAGGGCAACAUUGGCUUUGUGCCAUCCAAUUACGUAAUGAAGAUAAAGGUGGAACAUGACUUUCUGAUCAGCUUUCUCAACUCUUCGAUUGAGUCGCUGGAGAAGUGCACUGAGCCAGAGAUAAAUGGCAUCAUGUCCAAGGAGGACCUGCUCGACAGGCUGCGCGAGAAGAAGCACACCAUGGAGCGGCUCUAUGCGGAGAGCUCGGAGCGUGAUGGUGACUCAUCCUUGUCCUAUUCGCACAGCUACAGCGAGAAGCAGCAGCAGCUGAGCGGCAGCCACAGCCAUUCGCACCGGCACGCGCACACGCAUCCGCAUCAACAGAAAUCGCAACAGAAUAGUCCGCCUGCCAUGCAACGACUGGACAUGAGCAAGAAGAGCAUGUCCAGCCCGGCGGUGGGCGUUAGUGUGCCACAGCAAUCGAUGCCGGAGUCGCCCAGCAUGGGCAGCAUGCAUCAGUUGCCGAGCAGCAGCUGCACCAUACAGACGCCACAGCAGCAGCAGCAGCAGCCGCUGCCGGCGCCUCCAUUGGUCGCCAGCACGUCGGCAGCAGCAGCUGCUGCAACGCAAACGCAAAAGGUGUCCGCGUCCGUGUCGGAUGUGGCGCAGGACAACAGCAUCACCUCAGAGCCGUCGGAGACGACAACAACAACAACGACCACCAGCGAGGAUGUGGUCACCACCUACAAGGAGACCAGCCAGCUGAGUGCCAGCAACGGAGCCACAUCAACAGCUGCUGCUGCUGCGGCCGUCCUAACGGCAGCCGCAACAACAGCAGCAUCUGCAGCAGGCACAGCUGGGCAGGCGCACAACGGCAGCAGCGGCGGCGGCGAGCCGCUCAGCCUGAGCCUUAGCCAGGGCGCGGACAGUGCGCCCGACAAGUCCGAGGCGAGCGAUGACGGCUGCAAUGGCUGUGCGGACAAUAGCCAAGCGCUGGACGAGAGCAUUGAGAGCGCAUCGCUGUCGCAUCGGCACGGCGUCAAUUUGGCGGCGGGCGUCAGCAAUGGGCGUGGCGGGCUUAAGGUUGAAUCAUCGGAUGUGUAUCAGAUUGUGGAUGCCUUGCGUCGCAAUACGAAUCUCAGCUUUGAUUUGUCCUGCGAGGCAUUGCGCGUGGUCCUUACCAGCUUGGAGCAGCUAUACAAUGGCGCCAUCAAUCCGUAUCUGGAGGCCGUAGCCGUGCAUGUCACCGGCAAGGUGGCCACGCCCAAGGAGCUGCUGGGCAUUACGCACGACUCAAAGCGACUGCAAUAUUUGUUUGCCCAGCUGGCCGACUGCAAAAACGAUACGGAACAGCGCACCUGGAUGCUGUACGAGGACGAGGAGGACAUCAUACAGUUUCUCGAGGAGCUCGUCGAGAUACUGAAUAACGCGGAUGAGAACAUCAGCUGCUACGAGAUGUCGUGCGAUCAAUAUCAGAUGUUCAUCAAUCUGGUGCAAUACUAUCAGAUGGAGACGCGUUGGUCCAUCAAAAAACUCUUGCUUAAGACUUUCACAGCUGCCUGCCACUUGGAUCACAUCAUUGUUGACAUACUGCUAACCUCGGUGCUGCCAUUGGAGAUUGUGGAGGAUAUGAAGACGCACUUUGCCAAUUUGGAUCGCUUUAAGCAGCUGGUGAAAAUGUUAACCAUCAUCUUCUCGCUGGGCCAGCCCAUGCCGGUCAAUCAUCAGGAUUAUUUGGGCGUGCAUUUUGCCAGCUUUCUGCUGGAAAUUGUUGAGGGCAACAAUCCGGAGCUGCUGGUCGAUAUGGUAAUUGCCCUCAUACUUGCCUUCAAUCAACAAUUUGGUGAGCAUACGGUCAAUGUGAUCAUUGAGGCCAUGCAAAAUCUGCCCACGGCCAAGGUGUUCACCGAGAAGCUAUUGCUGCUGCUCAAUCGCGAAGAUGAUCCGACGCGUCUGCUGAAGCAUCAUAAUCAGCAUAUGAACACGGUGCUGCGCAUGUUUAUUGACAUAUUCAGCCAUCCGGAUACGGCCGGCAUGUUUUAUACUAAUGACAUUAAGGUGCUAAUUGAUAUUGUGGUGCGUCAGCUGUCCGAUUUGGAUGCAGGCAGUGCGACACGCCCUUGCUAUUUGGAGCUGUGCCGUCGCAUCUUGCGCAACACAAAUUAUCAGGAGCAUCAGCAUCGCAAGCAUGAUCUGAUGAAGAUCUUUACGCGCAUCUUUUGCGAGGAGACCGAAUGCAGCGCAUCCGAUCAGCAGCUGGUGCGCGAGAUAGCCAACGAAUUUCCCCAGUUGUUUAAGGCAUAAGCAAAACGAAAGCAAAAAGACAAACCACACGCACUCAAAAUUAAACCAAGUAAAAUUAUGUAAAGCGUUGCUAGUGAGGCUAAACAAAGUGAGCCAACGACAAUUUUCAAAUUUCGAAUUUUUAUAGGUUCUAGAUCUGGGCAUUAGCAUUCUAUAACAUUUCGAACUGCAUUUCUGACAACUGACAACUGACGCGAACAUUUAUUUAUUCUUAUUAUACAAAUUGAUCUGUUUUUUUUUGUUUUUUCUAUUAAAUAAUUAACUAAAUCUGUUUUGGAUAGCCAAGUUCCAUUUUGCGGCAUUUUGUAGCGUAUCUUAUGAGACAGCCAACUAUUUGCAUAUGAAAAAUCAUAUAUGUUGUGCUUGUGCGCAAUCUUUAUAGAGAGCUAGACACACACUAGCUAAUAGUUGCUCUAGAGUAUAUCAUAAAUAAUAUUAUAAUAAUAUACAACAUACAACAUUUACAUUUAAGUCGGGGUAUAAAAAGCAAAUGAAGCCAAAGCUAACAUUUAUCACAAUGCUGUUUGGAUAGUUAUAGAAGAACCAUAUAUGUUGUUUAGGCAAUAUGCAAAAUGCAGGCAUUUUUCAGUUUUAACUAUUUUAGUGCAUAAUACAAAUACACACAAACAUGCAUAUAUACAUAUAUGCAUAUAUGUAUUUUUUAGAGAUUAACAACCAAAUUUAUAGAACGAACAAGACACAAAUUUUACAUCAAAAUUUAUAGUUAAAAAGUUAAAACAAAUGGCAAGCAACAA